AUAGGGAAGCCAGGGCAAAAAGUUGGGGUAGAGAGCCAGAGCAUUAGCCCAUGUGGGAAUUUAUUUUGAGGUUUUUAGGCUGCUCUGUCCUGGUUGCAAGCAAGUGGUUUAGCAAGUUUUCUGUAAAACAUCCAAAAACAAGUAGAAAAGCCAAAUUGCAAGCCAUUGAGUCCUAGAAGAAUGUAGCACCUGAUCAGGAUUACCCAGGACUGGAAGUCAGUCAGAAGAACUGCCCCAAGGCAAAUUAAAGUGGCUGUCAUCCCUUUGCUUUAAAAGCAAACCUAAACCCUUAAAAAAGAGCAAAAGAGCAAAAAAAAAAUUUGAAUGUAGCUUUUAAGGAGAUUGAGAACAAACAUAAAGGCAAAUCAAAUCCCGAUGAAGCCCCAAAGGAUGAUAUUUGCUUGUCCUCAAUUCAUGAGGCUUUCUUGGGAGAUUUCCAAAAAGAUCUUAAAAGAGAGCUAGAAGAAAAAUGGGGAAAGAAAAUGAAAUCUUUGCAAGAGGAUUGGAAAAAGGAAAAACAGAUAUUAUCUGAAGAAAACUCCUGAAAAACUAGAUAUUAUGAAAUUGGAAAAAAUAUAUUACUCCAUACAAAAUAGAUUUGAUAAAAUGAAAAAGCAUAUAACUCCUUAUGAAAUAGACAUGAAAAAGAUACCAUUUCAUUCAAAAAUAGAAUUUGUGAAAUGGAAAAAAAAUCCAUGGAACAAAACAACUCAUUUAAAAAUUCAAUUGGGAAAAUACAAAAGGAAUUUUAAAAAAGUAUCAGGAAAAUAAUACACUAAACAUGAGAAUUGAACAAAUGGAAGUUAAAGACUCAGUAAAGACUUCAAGAAUCAUUCAAAUAAAAUCAAAAGAAUACAAAAAUAGAAGAAAAUGUGAAAUACCUCAUUAGAAAAAUAGCUGACUUGGAAAAUGGUUAUAGAAGAGACAAUUUAAUUAUUAUUGGACUACCUGAAACCCAUAAUGUAAAAAACAGCCUAAGAAUCUUUCAGGAAAUUAUGAAGCGAAACUGUCCUGAUGUCCUAGAACUAGAAGGUAAAGUAGUUAUUGAAAGAAUUAACCAAUGACCUCCUGAAAGAAAAUGAAAACCCUAAGGAAUAUCACAGCAAAAUUUCAAAAUUAUUGGAUCAAGGAAAAAAGUAUUGAAGGCAGCCAGAAAUAAACAAUUCAAAUAUUGAAGAGCCACAAUCAGAAUUACCCAAGAUGAAGAACUUGUAAUCUGGCAUUCUGAAAGGUAAAGGAACUGCAAUUGCAGCCAUAAAUAAACUAUCCAACUAAAAUGAGUAUUAUAUUUCAAGGAAGGAGAUGGACAUUCAAUGAUACAGAUGAAUUUCAUUUAUUUCUGAUGAAAAGACCAGAGCUGAACAAACCCCCCCCAAAAAAAAAACAAAAACAAAAACAAAAAAAAAAAACAAACCUGAUCUUCAAAUACAGAACUCAAGAAAAUCAUAAAAAAGUAAGAAGGAAAGAACUCCUGAGAACUAUAUCUUUGUUAUGGGUAUACUUAGAUAGUACAGGUAUAAUUUGAUUUUAUUGUAAUAAUAUGAAAAGGGAAAUAGAGGUAGAAAGAGGAUUGCACUGGAAACAGGAAAAUAGAGUUAAAAUAAGGGAAAUUACAUCUUAUGAAGAGGCAAAGAAAACCUAUUAUAAUUGAGGAAAAGGAAGGGGGAUGAGCAUUGUGUAAAUUUUACUCUCAUCAGACUUGGCUCAAAGAGAGAUUAUCAGGCAUAUUUGGUUUCAUGGAGAAACAUGUCUCAUAAUAAGGGAGCGAGAGGGAAAAGGGAAAUGAAAGGGGAGGCUAAUAGAUGGGAAAACAGAAAUAGUAGGGGGAAAGUACAAGAAAGGGAGACAGACUGUAAAGAGGGAGGGCUGUUUGAAGGAGGUAGUGGUCAGAAGAAAAAUCCUUGGGAUAAAAGAAGGGAGAAAAGAAAGAGAAAAACAUAACUUUGGGGAUACAGAAGAUGACAGGAAAUACAGAAUUAGUUAUUUUAACUGUAUAUGUGAAGUGGAUAAAUUCUCCCAUAAAAUGGAAGCAGAUAAAAAAUUGACAUAAAAGCCAGAAUUCUACAAUAUGUUGUUUGCAAGAAACACAUUUAAAGCAAAGUGAUACAUACAGAGUAAAAGUAAAAGGAUGGAGGAAUCGCUAUGGCAGCGGCUGUGGCAUUGGCUUCCCUCUGGCUGCAGGGCUUUCGUUAGGCCCAGCUGCCUCCCCGGCCCUGUGAAUGAGCACCUAGGCUUCCCGCCGCCCCUGCCGGGGAAUGACUGGCGGACUGGCCUCCAGCCACCACGGCUGCCGCUUGCAGAGACCAUGCCCCUGGCUGCCUACUGCUUCCUGUGGGCUGUGGGGAAGGGCAGCUACGGGGAGGUGUCGCUUGUCCGGCACUGGCAGGACGGCAAGCAGUAUGUCAUCAAAAAACUAAACCUCCAACAUGCCUCCAGCCGAGAGCGGAAAGCUGCUGAACACGAGGCCCAGCUUUUGUCUCAACUGAAGCACCCCAACAUUGUUUCCUACCUAGAGUUUUGGGAAGGAGAAGAUGGCCUGCUCUAUAUAGUUAUGGGCUUCUGUGAAGGAGGAGAUCUCUAUCGAAAACUCAAAGAACAAAAGGGCAAGCUUCUACCUGAGAACCAUGUCGUGGAAUGGUUUGUUCAGAUCGCUAUGGCCUUGCAGUAUUUACAUGAAAAACACAUCCUUCAUCGAGAUCUGAAAACUCAAAAUGUCUUCUUAACAAGAACAAACAUCAUCAAAGUAGGCAAUCUGGGGAUUGCCCAAGUGUUAGAAAAUCAGUACGACAUGGCCAGUAUACUCAUUGGGACACCAUACUGUAUGAGUCCUGAAUUAUUUUCAAACAAACCCUACAACUAUAAGUUUGAUGUUUGGGCUUUGGGAUGCUGUGUUUAUGAAAUGGCUACACUGAAACAUGCUUUCAAUGCAAAAGACAUGAAUUCUUUAGUUUAUCGAAUUAUUGAAGGAAUGCUGCCACCAAUGCCAAAGGACUAUAGCCCACAACUGGCAGAACUAAUAAGAACUAUGUUGAGCAAGAAGCCUGAGGAAAGACCCUCUGUGAGAAGCAUCCUUAGGCAUCCCUACAUAAAAUGUCAUAUUUCUUUAUUUUUGGAGGUCACAAAGGCGAGAACUUCCAAAAGUCAUAUUAAAAAGGGCAAUUCUAAAAUAAGACCUGCUGCUGAAGUUAUUUCUAUAAAAAUUGAAUCAGAAAAUGAAGGAAUCAUUUCUCAGCAAUGUUUCUCAAAACAUUCCAAGAUACCUACAGAGGCUGAAGAAAAAUGUCUACCCCAAGGUAAGCCCAUGGAUACUUGCCUCUCAGAAGUUGCCUGUCCUAAAAGUUGUCCCAACAAGAAUGAUGUGCACAGUCUUGGAGAAACUUUAGCAACAAUCAGCAAAGUGGAUAUUAACAUCCUACCUGCCACUGAAAGGAGAAACUCAAAGAGUGACAAUUUACUGCAAGAUGACAAACCGAAACACUCUAAUAUUUUUGAUGAGCCAGAAGCCAAAUUAAAUGUGCCUCCAGUGAAGGAAAAGAGGCAGCAACUGAGUACUAAGCCUGAAAAUCUAGCUCCCUCUCAGACUUCUAUUGAAAUCACUGAUGAAGAGAAUGACGCGAUGAAACUUCUGCAGCCUUUACACAAGGAUCUCAAGCCAAUGGAACAGGAUAGUUUGGACUCCACUGAAAAGCUCUUAGUACCAUUUGUUCCUGUUGUCCUGUUUCAGGAAGUUCCUUCUAGACCUUUGCCUUCUCCUCCCAUUGCUAUUAAAACAGUUGAGAAGAUGACAUACAGUGAUGCUGAUAAACAUAACACAGAAGUAAUGGUAUCUGUGGAUAAUUCAAGAAGCAGUGAGAUAACAUCCUCAAAGGAUUGACCUUUGUCAGCUAGAGAACGGAGGAGAUUAAAGAGGUCACAAGAUAUUUCAGGUCCUUCAGUGAGAAGAGGUUCUCUGGAUACAGAGGGAAUGAAGUUGCACAUAGAAGAUGAGCACAUUAUUGCUCAUCAGUUAUCUUCAGAUGUGGAUACCUCUCAGGAAAAGAAGUUAGUUUGUUGUCUGUCUGAGGAUGAGUUAAGUUCUUCUACAAGUUCAACUGAUAAGUCAGAUGGGGAUUCCAAGGAAGGAAAAGGCCAUACAAAUGAAAUGAAUGAUUUGGUACAGCUGAUGACUCAGACAUGAAAAAUGGAUUCUAAAGAGAAUUGUGAGAAUCUUCCAAAACUUCUUCCCAUGUCAGAGUUUAGACUUCAUCGAAAAUACAAAGUUACACUAAUUCUGCAUGGGAAAGUUGAAGAGGAUUCAGAGGAACUUGGGCUUAAAGAACUUUCUCCAGUUGUUGUUUCUGGUUCUGAAAAAAUCAGAAGAAAGAUUGAAGUCUUGAGAGCUGAUGUAAUUCAGGGGCUGGGAGUGAAGCUUUUAGAAAAAGUAAAUGAUCGUAUGGAAAAAGAUGAUGAAUUGAAGAGAGAGGUACGUUUACAGGAGCUUUUGGGUGAAAAAUAUGUGAAUUAUGGCACAAAAGCUCAACUCCUUAAAUUUUUUGAAGAAAAUGUGAACUUCUAAGCAUUUGUUCUAAUCUGUUGCCAGAACUGAAGACUUAUUUUUAAAGACUUUUUUGGUAUUGUUUUCCCCCAAAAGAUUACCUCUACCAAACAUCAGAUUGGUGACUGUUAAAUAUAGUGGCUUUUUCCCCCUGGGAUUUCUAUAUUUUGCAGGAGUUUAAAAAUGGAUAUGAAUGAGUGCUGUGUUGACUGAUUUAGGAAGAGGUUUUU